GGAAACUAGAUCUCGCGGCAGGAAGGGAAGGAUUUGUAUAGACCACGCUACAGUAUAUACCGCCAUGUCGUAGGGAAACACAUACCUUAGACCCGUGAAUAUCAGCAUUGCUUUCAUAUUCAGUAGAGCGGUAUUUAAUAUCCACCAUCACCAUGUCUUCUAUUGAAGAAAUCAAAUCAAGUAUACAGGAGUCCCUGAAUUCCAACAUGGAACGAAACAUCAGCAAAGCCAACUUGAAAGCUGGUGACAUCCUGAACAAGGCGGAUGACUUGACAAACCCACGUUACUGGUAUCAGAACGAGUACCCCCGCCAACUAGUUCAGAUCUUGUCACGAUCGUCCACCUUUGUCGGUAUGCCGCGCAACGGCGUUGACGUCGAGAGAGCGGUGUUUACUGCCGAUGAGCAAACCUUGCAGCACCUUCGGAGUCUUGAUCAAUUAGAUAAAGAACUACGGAAUAAAUAUCAAAGCAAACUUGUCGAGAAUCGGCAGCGACAUGGAGAUGGAGCUCAGAGGCAGGGGAGAAGGCAGCACAGAGGUCAGUUAGCCUGGCAGAGGAGACAUGUAGCUGAGAAUCGAUACGAUGCAUUGAUAGGUAGGAAUAACAAGGCACUUGGGGGUACAAUUGUAACAGUCAAUGUUCUACGAGAGGAAAAGGAGGAACCUGAGGAAUCCGGUGAUGAUUUUUUUAAGCUGACGCGAGAAACGGAUUAUCGUGCCGGGGAAAAAAUUGGUGGAAAAAAUAAAGCUCUCCCAACGCCUGAAAUAGAGAGGUACCGAUCGAUUAAACGUCAGGAUACAAACAAUCAAAUUAACAAUGAGGAUGUCUUAGAUGCAUACAAUAGAAAACCAAGUAAGAAAGUCGAUUCUUUGCCCAGUAUACAUAAAAGUUUUCUACCGCGAGAAAAACGCGCUUACAAACAAGUUGUGCCGACGACGCAUGCGCCGACGGAUGAAUCGCACAGCCAAUCAUUUCCUCGCAUUGAAAUUGACACGCGGAGAUCAGACGACUACGAAACCAGUGAGAAAAAAGAAACUUCGACCAAGAAGGCGGGAAAUAAAACGAGCGGAGAUAAAAUGCCAUUCCCGAGCAUUGAAGAUCUCAUGCAGGUGCGUGAACUGGGCAAAAGCGAUGCUAUGAGCAUGACGGACAAUGAGCAGAAACAACGUCACUACAUGGAUGACUGGAUUCAUAAAUUGGCGAACGAGAAAUCGGGGAGUAAGCAGGGUAGAACAAGGAAAAAGAAAUUCCAAGACGUGUUUCAAAAGAGUUUCGACCCGACAAUUUAUAAAACCGAUACGAAAGUACACGAUAUUGAGGUCAGUAAACCAAAACACAUAUUGAUGAAACCAAACAACGCAUUGGCGCCGUUGCCAAGAAAAUAUCCGGAACUGGCAACCAACGAAAAACCAUUUGGUGGCAUGUAUUUUCAUACACUGAGACAAAAGUCGGUCUACCAUCUCAAAUUAAAUGAAAUGAAUGUGCAACUAAAACAGUACAAGCGAAAACAACCGCGAUCGCCUAGUGUAUCAUCCACCAGCUCACACAACAGUGAUUUUCAUUAUAAAUUCAACAAAGUAGAAAAUAAACUAGAUGUAAUUGAGAAUCAGAUCGGCAAGUUGUAUCACUCGAAUGCGUCAUUGCAGCGAAUCGUCAAUCGUGAUGCGUCAAAAAGCAAAACGGAGUCCGUCUCCAACCGCGACGACCUUUCUAUCGACGCCAUUCCCGUUUCUACCCGCCCGCCAAAAAUCGACUCUUCGUUUGAGAAUAAUGUAACAGACAGUGCAAAAGAUGUGGCGGAGAAAGUUAUUGCGCGCAAAUCUCCUGGCAUUGAAGAGGAAGAGAACGGCACCGAAGCGGGGAAAGAUCAUUGUCACAGUAACGAAAAAGAAGAAAGCGCACCUGAACAAGAAAAAAAUGACUCUAAGUACAAAUAUUCAAAAACUGGCAUUGUUGCUACGGAAAACCAGGACAUCAACAAACUAAAUGUUGUUACUCUGGAGAUGGACGGAGAAGAGAAUCGAGCGGCGGACAUUGCGAGAAAAACGCAAACUAUCUCAAGCGCUAGUAAACCGGAAACGCAUGCAACGGACGAGGACUCCGGAAGCACAGGUAGCGAUGUAGCGUACGAACGAAUUAGCAGGGAAACCAGAAGAUCUGUCGCUGGAUCACCAGUGAAAGAGCCAAUGAAAAAGUUCCAUAAAUUGGAACCGUUCAAUGAAAAAGACUCAUUAAAACACAAGGCAUCAAAGAUGGCGCAAGGAAAUGAGGACAGACUGAGAGACGAAAGUUGUCAACAAUCGAAUGAUUUUGAAGAAACCGACAAGGAAAGAUUUGAAGCUAAGGACACUGAUGCGAGUUCAGCCGGGGAUUCGAACGAGGUUGACAAAGACAAGAUAAUAUCUAAAAACAAAGAUAUUGAUACGUGUUCAGUUGGAGUUACGAACGAGGCUGACAAACACAAAAAUGAUAAACACAAUACUGUUGAUGAAGAUGACGAAAAACCCAAUGAUGAGACGACAACAGCAGAGAAGGAAAAACAUGAAGGGGAGAAUGAGGACGUAAUCGUUGCCGAGCCGAAUAAGCCAAGAAGUCCAUCAAUCAACAUUGGAGAGGAUCCCGUUAACGAUAGUGCCUCUGAGAAAAGCGGGAAUAGAGUGGUGGGUGCGGAGAAUACAGAUAAUAUGCCAAAUUGUGAAGAUAACAAGAAAGGAUUAACCACCGAGAUCAACGCUGACGGCGCUUCAGCUGAUGAUGAUGAUGAUGAUGUAAUUGUCGAUAAGACACGCGAAAAUGGCGUGAACAUAUCACCGAGAAAUGUUGAUAGUAACGAUGGUGGGGAUACACCGGUAGUAGAGGGCGCUGACACCAAUACAGAUUCCAAGCCAGGCAAUAAAGAUUCGCUGACACAAUUAUCAAAAGCCGAUGAAACGAUAAAUGUCGAUAAUGCAGGAGGAGUUAAUUGA